AGAAAUAUUAGAGAGAUUGAGCUGAACAGGUUUCUGAUGGAAGUGAUCUGGUUUAGUAGGUUUAUGUUGAACUGGAAUAAGUUAAUAAGAAUCAGGUUUAAGCAUGUCAAAUACUCAACUGCUUUAGUUGUUUACUGCACUGAAAUUGAAUCAGAAUUGUAUUGAAAGUGUGUCAUUUGACUGAUUGUAAAGCAAAGUUUGGUGUUUCUGUCAUUUUGUCACAUUACUAUCAAAAGACUAAAGAAACAGGAAGUAAAUGACCUGCAGACAGACUGAACACAAACCUGCUAAACUGCAGCUGAAAAGAAGGAAACACGAAGGAAACGAUGCAUUAAGAGCCGGGGGGUGAAAACUUUUUGAAUUUGAAGUUCAAGGUAUAUUGUAUUUAAUUUUUCUUCCGGGAAACAUGUAAGUAUCUUCUGUUGCUUUUGAAGGGCAGUACUCAAUGAAAAAAAAUAUUUCAACAAAAAAAGAAAAAUUUGUACAUCUUCAUCCUGUUCAAAAGUUUUCACCCCCCGGCUGUUAACUUCUGGAGCAUCAGUGAAUGUCUGAACCUUUUUUAUUAGUUUUGUUUGAGUCCCUCAGUUGUCCCCAGUGUGAAAAGAUGGAUCACAAAAUCAUUCAGUCACUGCUUUAGAGGGUUCAAAUAUGCAAAAAAUCCUUGAAAACUGAAUAAUCUGCAGGACAUGGAGGAUUUUUCUGAAGAACAGAGCUCAGUUUAACUGCUCAGAACAAACAAGGGACUCAUGAACAACCAUCACAAAACAAAAAAACAGUCGUAGAUCAUCCAGGCAUCAAUAGAGGAAGAGCAAUGGCAGAAUAUUCCCCAGCAUCACUGAAAAUACGAGAAAGGACAGGGAGUGUGGAUGUUCCUCCAUGGAUGUCAUCCUCCAGCGGGCCACUGACUGAGGAGCUUCAGUGCUCGAUAUGUCUGGACGUGUUCACUGAUCCAGUCACCACUCCAUGUGGACACAACUUCUGCAAGACCUGUCUGAAUAAACACUGGGACAACAGCCAGACCUGCAACUGUCCAUAUUGUAAAGAAACAUUCAAGAUUAGACCUGAUCUCAAGAUUAAUACCACACUCAGAGAAGUUGUAGAUCACUAUAAAAAGAAAAGUCCUGAAAGAAAACCUGAAGUUCUGAAAAAACCUGAAGUUCUGUGUGACGUCUGUGAGGAAAGAAAGCUGAAAGCCCUGAAGUCGUGUCUGGUGUGUCAGAGCUCUUACUGUGAAACUCACCUGGAGCCUCAUUUGAGAGUGGCAGGUUUAAAGAAACACAAACUGAUCAAUCCUGUGAGGAAUCUGGAGGACUAUAUCUGUCAGAAACAUGAAAGACCUCUGGAGCUGUUCUGUAGAGAUGAUCAGACGUGUGUUUGUCCGAUCUGCACUUUAACAGACCACAAGAACCACAACACUGUUCCUAUAGAAGAGCAGAGUGAAGAGAAGAAGACUCAACUGAUGAAGACACAGAAAGACGUGCAGCAAAUGAUCCAGGACAGAAUCCAAAAGAUUCAAGACAUCAAACACUCAGCAAAAGUCAGAAAAAGAAACACAGAGAAGGAGAAAGCAGCCCGUGUCGAGCUCUUCACUGAUCUCAUCCGCUCCAUUGAGAGAUGUCAGACUGAACUGCUGGAGAUGAUGGAGGAGCAGCAGAAAGCAGCAGAGAAACAGGAGGAAGAGCUCAUUGAAGAGCUGGAGCAGGAGAUCACUGAGCUAAAGAUGAGAAACACUGAGCUGGAGCAGCUCUCACACACUGAAGAUCACCUCCACCUCCUACAGAUUUACUCGUUCCUGUGCAGCUCUAGAAACACCAGGAACUGGUCUGAGAUCAGUGUGAAGACUGAUGAGAGUCUGGAGACUCUGAGGAGAGCUCUGACUCAACUGCAGGACACUCUACAGGAGAAACUCACACAAACUGUCUCUACAGAUCUGAAGAGGAUGCAGCAGUAUGAAGUGGAUGUGACUCUGGAUCCUGAUACAGCUCAUCCACACCUCAUCCUGUCUGAUGAUGGAAAACAAGUGAGACAUGGAGACAUUAGACAGAAACUCCCAGACAAACCAGAGAGAUUUGAUAUAAGUCCCUGUGUCCUGGGAAAGAAGGGAUUCUCCUCAGGGAGAUUUUAUUAUGAGGUGCAGGUGAAGGGAAAGACUAAAUGGGUUUUAGGAGUGGCCAGAGAAUCCAUUAACAGGAAGGAACUGAACAUACUGAGUCCCAGUGAUGGAUUCUGGACUGUGGCUCUGAGAAAUGAGAAUGAAUAUUGGGCCUGUGCUGAUUCUCCUGUCUCUCUGUGUCUGAGAGUGAAGCCGCAGCGGGUCGGUGUGUUUGUGGAUUAUGAGGAGGGUCUGGUCUCCUUUUAUGAUGUGGAGUCCAGCUCUCAUAUCUACUCUUACACUGGUCAGUCUUUCACUGGGAAACUCUAUCCAUAUUUUAGCCCGUGCUUUAAUGAUGGAGGUAAAAACUCAACUCCACUGAUCAUCACACCUGUCAAAUACAAUAAAUAAAUUUAUACUCCUAAUAUGAAAUACUUGAUGAAAAUAAUGCUUCAUGUAAUAAUGUUUAAAAACAUUAAAGUUAUGUGUUCUUACUCAAAGGAUGAGAAUCAUUUGUUGUAGCUGUUUUACAUCAAAGUGAUACAGCAUCUGAAUAAAGACAUUAUUUUGUACUUUUAAUUGA